AUGGAGACCCAGAAGGGCAGCACUUCCCUGCAGUGGUGGUCACUGUUGCUGCUUCUGCUGGGCUUGGUGGUGCCUCCAGCUGCUGUCGAGGCCUUCAGCUACCAGGAGGCCGUGCUCCGCGCUGUGGACGGCUUUAACCAGCGGUCCUCCAAUGCAAAUCUCUUCCGCCUCCUGAAGCUGGACCAGCAGCCUGAUGGAGAUGAGGACCCAGACACCCCAAAGCCUGUGAGUUUCACGGUGAAGGAGACAGUGUGCCCUAGGAAGACACAACGGCCUCCCGAGCAAUGUGACUUCAAGGAGAAUGGGCUGGUGAAGCAGUGUGUGGGGACAGUCACUCUGGACCAGACUAGGAACUCCUUUGACAUCACCUGUGAUAGGCCUCAGCGUGUCAAGAGAUCUGGCAACUUGGGUAGACUCAUUCGGAAAGGUGGAGAGAAGAUUGGCAAAAAGAUCGAGAGGGUUGGCCAGAGAAUCAAGGAAUUUUUUGAGAAACUUGCACCUACGACAGAGUCCUAGGGUCUGCCCUGCCCUGGCUCAGGCCUCUGGACUCUGAAAA